GAAAGUGUAUACGUGCAUUAAUUGUGAUAACACGAAUGAUAACGUUCAACGUCGGUUGACAGAAAAUACAACGAAGACAAAGACAUCUGGGUAAAGAGCAAAGCCGCUAUUCAGGAUUAUUUUAUUGUAAAUCGAUCCAAAACAAUCAUGACAGAACUGCAUUACAAUCCAGACGAACUCAUACCAGCUGAUGAUCGACUGAAAAAACUUAGGCAAACAAUUUUAACUGGCAGUAAAACAAAAAUUCUUGAAACAGGGCUUCGAUACAAAGGGAAUGCUCCUCCUGAAUUUGUUGUUAGACUCACCAGGCACACAAAAUUAGAUGGCAAUACUGCAGUUUCGUACGUAGAUUUUUCAAAGCACAUAUACGAUGAAAUUCUAUCUUUUCAAGAAGAUAUUAGAUACAAUUUAAGAAAUGGAAUAUCAAAGACAAUUUGCCAAAAAGAGAAUAUUCAAAUCUAUAGUCAGAAUUUGGGUGAAAAAGGAAAGUAUGCUAUGACUGUGUGCUUUUAUGAACUGGAUACCAAAAAAAGAAUAUUUAUGAUUGAAAGUACGUUCAAUCGUUUAGUUUAUCUGUCUCCAAAAAUUGAAUUUUACUUCAAAAAGAUGGAUAGUGACAGUGAUUCAGAAUAUAUAGAUGAAGAUGAAUAUGAUGAUUAUGAAGAUGAUGAUGAUAGUUAUUGGGACAAGUACUACUAUGAUGAUUUUGAUGAUGAAUAUGAUUAUGAUUCUGAAGAUUACGAUUCUGAAAAUUACUAUGAUUCUGAUGACUGGUAUUCUGAAGAUGAAGAUAGAGAAUAUUAUGAUGCUUGUGGUUGUUAUAAUUAUCAUUAUGGUUAUUGUAAUGCUUAUUAUUCAUAAAUGUCCAAACACUUUUUAUCAACCCUUAAAAUAGUUCACUUCAAUCACUUGAAGAAGGGAAUUUGGUUUUAUAUUUAUAGU